AUGCAGCAUACCCAGACAGCCGACAAGGCACACCGUCGAUACGCUGUAUCUUCAGGUGCUGUCUCGGCAUUGUGCAUAGCUCAGCAGGAUGGUCGCACGACCGAUAUCGCGGAGCGCAGUAUCGUCCCUGGCAGCCUCAGCCGGCCACAAUCGCGAUCCAUCCGUCCCCAAACUCCUGCCGAGCACACCUGCAACGGUUGGGAUUCAUGGUGGGAGGCGGGAACACUCAAUGGCACGAAAGGGUACCCAAGCAUGGCGAGGGAAGGCAUCAUGCCUCCGAUGGUGAGGCGAGGCAGUGAAAGCAGUGUCAGCUCUGCCACAUCGUCCAGCACCCCUCCGACCGAUCGCGCGUAUUCGUGGUCGACAUCCACUACGCCUGGAUCUGCAUCGCCAACUUCGCCUCCUCAUGAUGAACUGCUUGUUAAGCUGCUCCAACCCGAACGAACGUCGUCGCUGACGGCAUUUGACGCACAUGCGGUAACAUCCCCGACAAAGGCAUCACAGGCCCCGGUUUCCUGUCGAGUGUCGAGAUCGAGUCAUAUCCUGUCUCGGUCCAUUUCCACUCGCUUUCACAACACCCCUAUCAAGUCGCCGGUGCCCGAGGAAGAGGAGCACUCCGGACGUCAUUAUGUGCAGCCCUCCCAGGAGACAAAGCCGGAAACCGGGUGCGCUCCUUCUCUUUUUUGUGCAGCUUCUCAGAUUGUCUCUAUGGAGUCUCCUUUGCAUCAGCGGAGGCAGCAAAGGCAGCAAAGACUGGCUACGUACUCGCCUUUCCCACAACCCCAGAAGGCAAAGCUCUCUCCAUUACCUCCCCUACCGAUCCAAGAGUGCCUGAGCCAGCAGCCCCAAAUAGUGUCUCCGUCAUCGACAACACCACGUCGGUCUUUGAAUAAAGAAGCAACACGUUCGCUCCCCCAAUUGCGAGAUCUGGCCGCACCUCUUCCUGACUCCCUCCCUCCUCUGCCUCUCGUCCCAAACUUAUCGCCCAUGUUUCCCGCCAGCCCUGCAAACCUCGCUGCUUCGAGUCCAGCUGUAUCGACAGGCCCGACCACCGGAACUGUCAAGGCGCCUCCCCCACAUCCAACUAUGCCGCCGCCUCCGCCUCCUCUACGAACAGAACGAGUGCCCGCAAAGGAUGUGACCAGAGAAGGAAUACACUCAUCUUCGCGGGAUAGCAAGUAUACCUCACAACAGCCGCAGCAGCCACUGCCUGACAGAUGGGAAGAGGAGCGUCGACGCCAUAAACAGCUCCUGCGCCACUUCCCACAGCAACCGGAAAAGCAAGGCGAGCGGCUGAAAAUGUCAAGGACGCACAAAUCGCUGGGAAACCUACGUGCUCGGUCUCGCGCCCACUCAACGCCGUCUGCAUGUGACACCGUAGUCACAACAUCUUCUGGUAUCAUUUACGCGUCUAGUACUGGACGUAAUGAACCGAGAGCUUCGAAGCACUCAAAAUCGAAGUCCUUGUGGGAGAACACUGGGCGUCUAGACGAGCCGUUACCUCCUACUCCGCAGCCUGACGCCCCUCAUGUGUCCAUAUUCGAGGACGACUCAGAUGAUGAAGGUGAUACGGUGCGUCAGUUUGUUCGCAAUCUGUUCACGCGACGUACCCGAAGCAGUGAGAUACCAACCCUCGGGUAUGGCACCCAUGAAAGCAUCGCAAAUCCACACGCUGGCUUCAAAGAUUCCGCCACUACUAAAGCCAUAGACUAUAAUAACCACAACACGUGGAAGAAGAACCACAGCACGUCUUCGUCCUACUCUACGGCUGCUGCGGCUGCUGCAAAUCUAGCCAGUCUUUCCGCAAUCACUGCUGCAUCUAGCGGUGGCGAUAUAGGCAGUGGCCUCGAUGUCGAGUACCAGCCGGACUCGCCCCGAACAUCUAGUGACCACACACGACAGCGUGGUCCGCUGUUGACCCGUAUGUUUGUUCGGCGGAGCCAUUGA